CAUAUGCCCCUCCCCACACACACCCAGCGGGCGGGAAGGCGUCAGCCAGACAGCGCCUCACACAGCCGCCGACCGAGCGACAGAGUGUGUCCUGGUCGUCACUUCGCCCUCAGCCCCUAAGCAGGACAACACCCGCGGCGGCGGAGGGAGUGAACGGCAGCCCUGCAGGGGACAGCAGGAGAUAAUCUCUCUUGACAGAAAAUAUGGCGGCUGCGGCUGGGGCCUCGUCGAACCCCGGAGGGGGACCUGAAAUGGUGCGAGGACAGGCUUUUGACGUGGGCCCGCGAUACACUAACCUGUCGUACAUCGGGGAGGGCGCCUACGGCAUGGUGUGUUCUGCAUAUGACAACGUCAACAAAGUACGAGUUGCCAUCAAGAAAAUCAGCCCCUUUGAGCAUCAAACGUAUUGCCAGAGAACAUUGAGAGAGAUUAAAAUCUUGCUGCGCUUUAAACAUGAGAAUAUUAUUGGAAUAAACGACAUUAUUCGAGCGCCAACCAUUGAGCAGAUGAAAGAUGUGUACAUUGUUCAGGAUCUUAUGGAAACUGAUUUGUACAAACUUCUGAAGACCCAGCACCUUAGCAACGACCACAUUUGUUAUUUUCUGUACCAAAUUCUGAGAGGCUUGAAGUACAUUCACUCAGCCAAUGUUUUACAUCGUGAUCUUAAACCAUCAAACUUGCUUCUUAACACUACCUGUGAUCUCAAGAUCUGUGAUUUUGGAUUGGCACGUGUUGCAGACCCAGAUCAUGACCACACUGGUUUUCUGACAGAAUAUGUGGCCACUCGUUGGUACCGAGCUCCAGAAAUCAUGUUAAAUUCCAAGGGCUAUACCAAGUCAAUUGAUAUCUGGUCUGUUGGCUGCAUUCUCGCAGAAAUGCUUUCAAAUCGGCCCAUAUUUCCUGGAAAGCAUUACCUUGAUCAACUCAAUCAUAUCCUUGGAAUUCUUGGAUCACCUUCUCAAGAGGAUCUGAACUGUAUAAUCAAUUUGAAAGCUAGAAACUACCUGCUUUCACUUCCACACAAAAAUAAGGUGCCCUGGAAUAGACUUUUCCCAAAUGCAGACCCUAAAGCUCUUGAUUUGUUGGACAAAAUGUUGACCUUCAACCCUCACAAACGAAUUGAAGUAGAGGCAGCUCUGGCCCAUCCUUAUUUGGAGCAGUAUUAUGACCCAAGUGAUGAGCCUGUCGCAGAAGCACCCUUUAAGUUUGAGAUGGAGUUAGAUGAUUUGCCCAAGGAGACACUGAAGGAGUUAAUUUUUGAAGAAACUGCUAGAUUCCAGCCUGGGUACUGACUGUAAUAUGACCACAGGGAAAGGCUGUGAAGGACUUCGCACUCCGACAUCUGUGUUCUUGACAGUUCUUCCUCCUUGGCCGUGUCCUGUGACCCAUCUCAGCUUGUCCAGUCUAACUCCUUUGAGCCAUUAAGGAGGGCGGUUUCUGGUAGUUGUGGCUUUUCUGCUUAUGAUGAAUUCUUUCAGUCUGGAGAAGUAUUCUUGACACUCCUUUUGUAAAGCCCAGUUGCAGUACGGUGCCGCAGCAAAUUUGCUGAAACCUUAACUCACUGCUUGUAUAUUAUAAUUUCUUUUUUUUUUUUUUUUACAUUAAUUUCUUUUCCUCCUGUUAAGUGGACAAAUUUGUGUACUUUAUUUUCAUGGGCUUUACAUAUUGUGUCUAAUCCCACGUUACUGAUGACUGUGGUAACUGGCAUUAUUUUUGUCAUAUUUUUGUCUUUUUUUUUUUUUUCCCCCCUUGUAAAAAUUAUUACUCUGGGCACUUUAGGUGUUUUGAAAGUCCCAUUUACUUACACAUAUCAUUUUAAACAGUUUGCAAAACCUUUAAAAACCCAUUGGAAGUUACUGUAGCUUCCAGUUUUCUCUAGCACUUUGAACUGAAUUAACAAUUUUAACCGUUUAUGUGCUUGAGGGACCUUUAAAAUUGAAUACAUUUACACACACACACAGCUUACUUUGUAUAUCACAUUCAACUUCUAACAAUGAAAAGCUGCUCAUAUAUAUAUAUAUAUAUAUAUAUAUAUAAUGCCUGAAUAUAAAUAUCUAAAUUGGUGAUUAUGUGCUAUGCACUGGCUUAUCAUGUAUGAUUGAUUGCGUUUUGAGGAAGAUGAAUUUACACAGUGGAGACGUAGUCCCCACCUGAAACACUCGAAAUAUUACCUUUCCGUUUCGAGACUUGACGCAAAGCUUGGUAUUUUUCCAAUGAAGCAGCAUGCUAAUGCUCUUUUGAAUGGUGCCGUGCUCAUUGACUGUUGAGGCACUUGCAUUAGUCCUCCCUCCUUUAUACGAAUACACACCACUUGAGCAGUAGACUGCAUCAUGAUGUGCUGAUGGGUGUAUGCGAUCGCUGAUGGCAAUUUCAAUUCUGCAGGCUUACAGCUAGAUUACCGCACCAAGUCCUGGCGGUUUAAGCCACUUUCUUUCCCAGCCUCCCAAUGAGCAGCAAAUCAAGCAAGCACUAAACUCUUUUACACUGUAACCAUUACUUCCUCUCUUUUCUGGUAUUUGUUCCUGGAGUUGUAUUCCGUGGAGUUGACUAGAUGUUAUGUCGCUGUGCAGUGCCUCCUCCUCUCCUCACUGCUCUGUGGUGAACGACUUGCCUUGUUUAAAAUGACCGUGCCCUCGCAUGACUGUUAAGCUUUUCUGUGCAGAGAUUGUCUAAGUGCCACAUGCAUAUGACUGGUUGAAACAAAAUCUCUUACCUCUGAAUCAUGUACAUGAAUUGUUAUCCUGUGACCUUCAUAAAAAUCAAAUGGCUCUUUUAACCUUUUUUUUUUUUUUUUUCCCUCUCUCUCGAGCAAAAAUUCUAGUGACUUGUCUGAACUGCCUAGGAAAUGAGCAAAAAUUGCACUUGUAUUUGAAAAUAAAUUGGGAAAAGACUCUUCAUUUUAUAUAUUUCUUUAAUUUAAAAAUUUUUUUUUUUUUGCUUAGUUGGUUAAUUUCUGUGAUGUGGGUUUUGUAAAGAUUUUACGUUAACUUGGUGAAUGGGUUUACCUGCAUAUCUCUCAUACUACUUGUUAGAUAAGAUGCUAUGUUUUAUUAAAACGUUGUGCACAAUAUGUCUAUGUAUACAUUUCUAAGGUAGUCUGCUGUAUUUUGAAGGUGGUUAAAAGUUAUGCUUGACAUGUAGUUGCUUUACCGUACAUGAAAAAAAGGGAUGGCUUUGCUGUAAUGUUGGACAAGCAGAACUAGUCGCUCCUCAUUCUUUUAGUAUUUGAGGGAACCAUUAGCCAUACUUCACUGCAGGUAUUAACCAGGAAUUCCUUUUUUAUAUUUUAUUUAACUAGUUUGCGGCUGUCAAUGUUCCUGAAUCAUGGCUACUAUUUAUAAGAAUGCUUUAUAAAACUGUGCUUUAUAAAACUGUACUGGUUAUCAGUUCGAGAUCCAGAGUCUUUAAACAUUUCUUCCGCAUAACCCCACCUCCCGAGUAACCCCCGAUUAUGACGAGAAAUGCUUUAAGAAUCCUAUUUUUAAAAAAAGUUAAUUUUUGCAUAAAGCGCAUUAAACAGGGAAAGAAAUGUACUAUGCACUAGCAACUUUUCCCUUUUUAUGAGUGUAAUGCAUGAGUCAUUUAGUCAUGCAUAUUGCAUCAGGGAAAGUAGAAGCCAUAUUUAAAUCUUAAAAGGCAUGUCGAAAAAUUUCUUAAGUAUAUGAAAAAAAAUCCUUAAAUUACAUGUGAAUUAAUCAUGCUGUUGAUAUCGCCUUUAAUUGUUUAAAAGUCUUCAGUUUGUUUCCUAAAUUCACAAGAACGUUCUUUCAACGUUUCUUUAAAUUAGUUUUGGCAAACAUAUUCCAUUCCAGUUUUUAUUAUUGCAUAAUUCAUAUGAAUGGCCAAAAAAUGCUUGCUGCUUCCCCUUUAGAGGUUUCUCACUACAAAUGCACUUCACCCACUGCCUUCAGAUCUGCUCUUGUUCCCAUAAACAUCCUGCAAUAACCACACCAGUGUAAGUUUUCUUUUUUCCUGUACUCGCACCCUAGCUUUUCUCCCCCCCCCUCUUCCCCCCCUUUCUUGCACAAAGGGCAUUUGCUAAAAAAUGUUUAACUAAAAUGCAACCGAUCUUUAAAACAGAUUUAUUUUUUCCCCCUCCUCCCCUCUCUCAUUGCCUUUUGUGUUGUCCAUACACGAACACUCUUAACAGAUUACUAAAAGAGCUUUGUACUUGCUUUGUACUGUUGGUGCCUUUUUAGUCUUGUAUUCAAAAUGUGUGUAGCUGAUUAAAGUAGGUUGUAAAGUUAGAGGAUUCACUGCUCAGAUCAUGAAUCCUUUUGGUUUGGAUAAAAGCAUUUGAAAAGUUAAUCUGGUCUGUGAGCAGUGAAUAAAAUAAGAAUGAAAUAUUUUAUAACAAAUUCCUGUAUGUUCCUUUAAAAUGUAAUGUAACAGCUGAACAUGUAUUUUAUUGUGAAAGGUAUGUAACCUGGUUAAUCAAUUAAGAAACAAAUUGUGAAAGGUUUAUAAUUUUUUUUUUUUGUUAAUUCUAUUGAUGUAUUUAACUUUUUUUUUUUUUUUUUUCUCAAUUUGGAUGGAUGUUCUAUAUUUCUGGCUUAAAAAUUGUGUAAAAAAGAUUAAAAAAAAAAAAAAAAGAUAAAAAGAAAAUAUCUUGUAAGACUCCACAAAUGCAGAUAAAAUCAUUAAAAUUGUACUCCUGUAUUACCAAACA